AAUUACUUUUUUUUUCCUGUUAAAUGGAAUAAGCGCUUUUUUAAUAAGGCAAAGGAGCACAACAAAAUGUUCUCACCUUCGUCGUAGCUUUCUUCAUGAUUAAAAAAUGCAUACCACAUAUAUGCAUAAUAUGCUGGUACAACACAACAACGCUUAAAAAUGCGAGCAUAUAGCAAUAUGCAAAUAUUUGAUCAAUUCGCUUAAUGGAAAACAAGCGACUGUUUUUAUCUUUCGCGUAAACUUCAAAAUUGUAUGCCAAAUUUAAACACGUUAUAGUCGAAAAGCGCGUGUUGCCAAAAAAUGGAAGAAAAAGGCGAAGCAAAAAAUGAGGAAACAGGCGAAGCAAAAAAUGAGGAAACAGGCGACGCAGAAAGUGGGGGAAAAAACCUAUUUAAAAUUGAAAAUUACAAAAUAAACAACGCAAAGUAUGAAGAUAUGUUAAAAGAUAAACAAAGCGAAAAUGAAGCAAGUGAUAACAUUUUAAUAAAAGAAAAUUAUAAGCACGCCGAAACGGAAAAUCAAAAAAGUGACAGUCGUGAAAUGAAAUUUGACAAAAGGGAGUGUAUAAAUGUUGACCUCACCAGCCAAAUUAGCGAACAGGACGUAACGCAAAGUGUAAGCAAAGGAGAAAAAAAGAGAGACAGUUUGCCGCAAAAUGAAAAAGAAUCCGAACUUUCGGCGGAAAAGGAAAGCCAAAUGAGUCAACCCAAAGCUGAUGAGGCAAAUCUGAAAAGGGAAAACUCCCCAUUGAGUGAACCGAAUAGGAAGGGGACAAGCGUGAAUAAGAAAAACGAUUGCGAAACUAGUCAUACCGACAAAGAGACCAAUCUGAAAGAAUACUACAAAGACUUGCCAACCGUUAUAAUCGUAAUCGGCAUGGCCGGAAGUGGGAAGACGACCUACGUCGGGUCAUUAUAUAACUAUCUAAAAGUAGAAAAAAAAAAAAAAGUAUACACAAUGAACUUGGACCCAGCUGUUAAGUACGUGCAAUAUCCAGUAAACAUAGAUAUACGAGAUAGCAUAAAAUAUCACGAGAUAAUGAAAGAGUAUAAACUAGGGCCAAAUGGCGCAAUCAUGACUUGUUUAAAUUUAUUUGCCACAAGAUUUGACAAAGUUAUUGAAAUAUUGGAAAAGAGGAAAAAUAAAUUACACUACAUCAUUGUGGACACACCGGGGCAAAUUGAAGUAUUUAACUGGUCAGCAAGUGGCAAUAUCAUUUUAGAAACCCUAUCAGUUAGCUUCCCUGUGGUCAUUAAUUACAUUAUUGACACUGUUAGAUGUGAAAGGCCCAUCACCUUUAUGUCCAAUAUGCUUUAUGCGUGUAGUGUUUUGUACAAAGCUAGACUGCCCUUUCUGGCUUGCUUCAACAAAGUUGAUAUUAUUAAACAUGACAAAUGCAUCGAGUGGAUGAAAGAUUAUGACAGUUUCAAUGAUGAUGUUAUACAUGAUGAGAGCUACAUGGCUAGCUUUAGUAGAUCGUGCGCACUCAUGAUUAAUGAAUUUUACGAGGGCAUAAAAACUGUAGGCAUUUCUUCCAAAACGAAUGAAGGGUUUAAUAGUAUACUAAAAAAUUUAGAACUCUUGAAGGAGGAAUAUAUUAACGAAUAUGUAACUUCCAUUGAGAAACAAAUGAAAAGAAUUAAAAGAAAAAAGGAAAAAGAUAUCAAAUUGAAAAUGGAAAAUUUGCUAAUCGAGAAACAAAAGGAUCUCUCCAGUUCGAAAAAUAAAAGUGUAAACUAAUGAAAAGGGAAAGAGAACGAAUGAGGGCAUUUUGGGGGGAGAACCCCUUUGUUUUGUUUUUCCCAAAGUUGUGCCCUUCCCUGGGUUGGGAAAUUUGCCCAAACGCAGCCCCAUGGUUCAACCCCUCGAAAGGCAAAGGGUGCAUACGUACAUGCACACAUGCGCGCAUAAGCAGCAGGGUUGAUUCGCUAUCGCUAUCCCCUUUUACAAGAUCCAAUUUGGCAGAGCACCCUUUUGGACCCUUAAAGAUCGACCGCGUCUAUAACGCAUUUGAAAAAUUCGAAAAGGAACGAAUUUUCACGAUUCAUGUCUGCUGUCUGGAUAGGAAAAGCAAAACAUAAUUUGUAGUAAAAAAGGUGUACUUUGUGUAAACGUUUUUAUCAAUUUUGAAUCGUUUCUAAAUCCCCCUUUAUGCAGUUCUUUUACUUAUUAAUGUAGUGGGCAUGUCUAAACGUUUCUAUGCUUACGCAUUUAUGCUUACCUUUCUACUUUUUUUUUUUGAUAAAAAAACGUAGUGAUGCAUUUCUUCUGAUUACUCGUUUAAACCAAGUAAUGCGUGAAAAAUGCGUCCCCUUUUCUCAUUUGUUUUUACAACCUAGCAGAGGCAGUUUUUCCCCAAUUGAAAGAUCAAUUUUGCGUUAAACUAUUCUUGACAGUUGUUAACUGUUUUAAUUUAAUGCAGAAAUUUUUUCUUAAUUUUUUUUAAUUUUUUAACUUAUUUUAUUUUUUUUUUAAGUUGUAAAAG